GUAAAGUCUUUCUCUGCCUGUUGUGACUCUGGUUUCAGUGUCUGCCUCCGAGCGAGUGGGUCAGAGAGCGAGUGUUUAUUGUAGGAGGAAAAGAGAGACAAACAGGAAGGAAGGGAGAGGGCAAGCGGGGUUACUUCUCCCCCCUUUUCAGCCUCCCCGUCUCCCUGUCAUUCCAUCCUUCCACCCCUCUCCUGGACCACCCUUCAGCCUUGCUUCAAGCUCAAACCAAGACCCCCCUCACCACUCAAACCACCCCAGGACCCUUUGACUCUCCCUACUUCUCCAUCCCACCAACCCAUGAGCAGGGUUUCUUUUCUGGUCCUCCUCAGGAGAGCUGACUGUGAGGAUCUCACCUGCACAAAAUCCUCUGAGCCCAGCUGCCAAAUUAAUUUGGUUUAAAACCACUUUAGCUAAACUUGUGCAACAAAAUCUACCCAUCAGACGUCCUGUCACUUAUUUUCAGAGGGCAGCUGAAAGCCACAGGUCACAUGACCUGGAAGAAAAAACCCAGGAGAUUUUUGGGAUCGCUCUUCGCAUGGGCCGCCUGCCAAGCUGAAGGGAAGUCAAAAGGCUGAUGAUCUGAUUCUCAGUGGAACGAGCUCUGCUGUCCUUUAUGCUCUGGGAACACAACUCCCAGAAUAAAUCAGGUGACUGGUUGGCUGGAAAAUCUCCGGACCCAUUUGUCCUGUGAGGAUAUCCCAUCACAGAUCUCACCUCCCCCCAGCAUGGAGACGACCAAAAUCCAGCCAGGAGGAGGUUUGAAUGUCACCCUGACCAUUCGCCUCCUCAUGGACAUAAUCAAUUCCAUGAGUAACAGCCCAGCAACCAGCAAGCCCCCUGUCACGUUAAGGCUUGUCGUCCCAGCCAGCCAGUGUGGCUCUCUGAUUGGGAAAGGAGGCUCCAAAAUCAAAGAGAUGAGAGAGUCCACCGGGGCCCAAGUUCAGGUGGCGGGGGACAUGCUUCCCAACUCCACAGAGCGUGCAGUGACAAUCUCUGGGACCCCAGAAGCCAUCAUCCAGUGUGUCAAACAAGUCUGUGUGGUCAUGCUGGAGUCCCCACCAAAAGGUGCCACUAUCCCAUACCGCCCAAAGCCCGCCUCCACUCCUGUUAUUUUUUCUGGUGGCCAGGCUUACACAAUUCAGGGACAGUAUGCCAUACCACAUCCAGAUCAGUUGACCAAGCUCCACCAGUUGGCUAUGCAGCAAACCCCCUUUACCCCCCUCGGACAGACCACCCCUGCUUUCCCCGGUUUGGACACCAGUUCACCAGCCAGCACUCAUGAACUCACUAUUCCUAAUGAUCUAAUAGGCUGUAUUAUUGGACGCCAGGGAACCAAAAUAAAUGAGAUCCGCCAGAUGUCUGGGGCGCAGAUCAAAAUUGCGAAUGCCAUGGAGGGCUCGUCUGAGCGGCAGAUAACCAUCACAGGGACCCCUGCUAACAUCAGCUUGGCUCAGUACCUCAUCAACGCUAGGUUCAGGGACGUGGCCGCCAUGUGGAAUGACCCCUCAUCCAUGACAACGUCCUGAAGUCACCCU